GUUGCAGCGAUGUGGCGGAUGCGGCUACUCUUUGGCUUUGUGGUCCUGCUGGCCCUUGGCUAUCUGCCGCAGGAGCGCGGCGUUCUGGCCCAGAAAUACUACAUGAAUUUUGCCUUCAAUAACAACAACCCGGAAGGAGAAGAAGGCGAUAAGAACGGUGAACCGGGUACGGAGCACGAAGGGGGUGAUAACGGCCCGGAGAAUAUUGGGAACAAUGGCGGUACCGACAAUACAGGCGGAGGAGUAAGUGGAGCAGACGGAGAUGCCCAUGGAUACAUCGGUGAAGGUGAAAUAAUGGACGCCGGGAGUGGCGAUCGCCAAAAAAACAAAGGCUACGGAACCCAGCGGCGGAUCGCCGGAACUGACGACGACAACGACGAUAGCGACAGCAAGGAUGCCCAUAACCGACGCCGCAUGAUGGCGGAGCACGAGAACGAGGCGAGCAAGCCGACUGAUCACAGUCAUCACAGCAGCUACGAGAUCAGCAUCGAUGACAGCUUCGGCGGGCGCUACGUGCGCUCCAUCUACGAGAGCAGCGAGAGCCACGGCCACUCCGGCAGCAAUGAGGGCUCUAAUGCCCGGGACAGCGCGCCUGCCGAGAGCAGUCAAUCGAAAGCAGACAACAAGCCCGAGGACAAUCCCAAUUCUGAAAAUCCAAAUGCAGAAGCCGUUAGGAGCGAAGUUCCAAAUGGGGGGAUCUCUGUCGGCGACAAUAACGAGGAGUAUGAGGAAAUUUAACAGCAGUGAAGAGGAAGGAGUAAGUGUCCUCAAACCUAAUGGCCACCAUCUAGCCUGGUACAUGGUUUCUCCUUUUUUCCUCCUUCUUUCCUUUGACGCCUUGGUUCGCUCGAGAGACUUUCGGAAGCUGCAGAUACUUUUAUUAAAUUUAUCUUACAAAUUACAAUAAAAAGUAAAUUAGAAACGAAA